CACAUCCACACUCACACACACAUACACAAACACAAAUCACUACCUGUAUUUUCCCAUUCUUUUAGUCAAGAUGGGUCGUGCACCGGUUAUUCUGCUUUGCGUGGGACUCCUGUACCAGACCUCAAAUGCUAUCCUCAUGGAUAAACUAGCAGACAGCAAGCUUUGUGCAGACGCAGAGUGCUCAUAUGCCCUCUCCAUGGCCACAGCCUUAGAUGACUUCUCAGCUCCUGAUUGCAGAUUCAUAAACAUCAAGAAGGGACAAAUGAUCUACGUGUAUUCUAAGCUCAUACCAGAGGAGGGUGCUGGAGUCUUUUGGUCUGGAAGUGUUUACAGUGAGCGUUAUGUGGACCAGAUGGGCAUUAUUGGCUAUUUCCCUGCGACCAUGGUGAAUGAGACAUACCAGUUCAAGGAGGAAACAGUCUCGAUUCCCACAACUGAAAUGGAUUUCUACUGUGUUUGAAACAUGAUGUCGUCUGAAGCCUUACUUUCCCCAGCCUCUCCUUCUUUUAAAUAUGUCAUAGCCAUUUAGUGAUGACAUUGCAAUUACUGCAGACUAUCAAUAAAGCACAGCAGGCAGUUAUGUGAUGUUAAUACGGUUAUGUUAACUUUGCAUAAAAGUGCAGCAUGCACUAAAUGUAACCCUAAUGUGACCCUAUCGUGUCAUAUCUGAUAGAUAAAUGAGUAAAUAAAACUGAUUAAGGUCUGCCUUGAUAUCUGGUUCAUUGGUUGCAAAAUGUAUGGUAAUGUUAUGGUUAAUCUUACCUUACUCAAUUGCAUUGUUACCCCAUCCUUAGGCCAGUAAAAUAUGAUUGCCUUUUCCCCAUUAAAUCCCAAAAUAAUGUAUUUAUGUCUUCCUUCAGAAAAUAUGUUUGAACUAAGUACUGAAAUGGACAGAGGUAAUGUGAUCUCUAUCUCAAAUUUACAAUAACAACUGCAAUUGUAUUGAAUGUUUCAGCUGAUUCAUCUCUCCGUGCAUGGAUUCAGGGCUUUGAAUGGCUCAAAAUGGAAGGUAAUUGCCUUGGAGAGUAUCCUCCUCGUUGUCUGAUAUUACCCAAUUCAGUUUGCAAAGCUGAGUGGGCCUUUUUACGGCUUAGCUGAGCCUCCAGUUAUUGAAUGUGGAGAGUGAUACAAUUACAAAAACAGAUUUUUUUUAUUGUUAUUGUUGCCAAACAGAAAACGCUAUCCACAAAGUGAGUUAUGAUUAAAACGUAGACAUCCAGAAAAGAAAUCAGCAUCUUAUGACUUUCAUAAUGACUUUGAUACUUAAGUUAUGAUUGAAAUGAUCUCAUGAUACUAUGUUUGCCCAUGUUAUCCA